AUGCUCGUACUCGACGGUCUUAAGAAGCUUGCGGGAAAAUCGACGGCGAAGUCCUCUUGCUCUGUUAAAUGCGAUGCGAACCCACUGAUCGAUACUCGCUAUGGGUUGGCCGUGGAAGGCCUAGUGGAGGACGAGGAUAUAGUCGAGGUUCAUGUCCAUGACCGAGCAUCGAAUAUUCGCAAGACGAUUCGUUCCACAUACGUUGUCGGAUGUGAUGGCGCAUGGAGUGCGGUGCGGAAAGGUUUGGGCGCGGAGCUAGAAGGCGGGCCUAUUCAAAGGACCUCGAGCGACUCCAUCGCCAGGGCCGAUUUUGGCAUACCUUUUUUUCCCACGGACCCUACAAUCAAUAACGGCUCUGCCGGCGGCGCCAUCAUCGCGCAAGACGGAAAGGAGACCUGGACAGUCCACGAUUAUUUAGGCUUUGACUACAAUGCAGAGAAUGUGACAGCCGAGAAGACAGUCGCCCGGGUCCUUGGCGGUAUGGGCUCACCCUACCCGAUUUCUAUUGAUGAAGUCACUGCAACAUCCAUCUUCACGCCGACAGUACCUCUCGCCGAAACGUGGAGCGGAAAUCAUCAGCGCGUCUUCCUUGCCGGAGAUGCUUCCACUGUUCAAGGCUGGGGUGGCACUCACUUGACGAAGACAUACGAACAGGAACGUCUUCCUGUGGCAGCGCUGAUGCAACACUGGAGCAAAAUCCACAUGAUGAAACUCAUGGGGCUUUCAACAGCUGUGAAAUUGGAUCCGGUCGUCAUCGAAUCCAUGGAUGAGCGCGGCAUAGCCCUGCGUGAGGAAAUCGAUCAGUACAUUCAGCAAAACGAUGACCAUAACCAGAGCUUCGGCGUUGAAAUGGGUCACCGCUACGAGUCGAGUCUGGCAGUACUGAACGAGCAGGUGGAUGUUGAAAAGGCAGCACCACAGUUCGACUGA